AUGACCGGUGUGAUUUUGGUCGAGCGGAGGCGUGCCGCUAUUGUCAAACUCUUGAAACCUGUUAAGUCGCCCAAGCAGUUAGAGCCGCACCGACCAACCAGCCCCACCCCCAUUGUCAGCGAGGUUGCUGAGAACAUGGUACUGACUGAAGGGACUGCUUUGGGUAUGGAUGCCGCGCCCCCACCAGCAUGCGCGCCACACGCAGCACAUAAAUGGGGGCGGGCGCCCUCGGCGGGGUUGUUUGGGGGAAGCACGGGGCCCGGCGCCGCGGCCGUGGGUUUGCAGCGCACGCCCCGCGAAGCAUACGCCUUUCCGCGCGGGGCGUGCGGGAGGCGCACCCCACCUUCCCUGCCCUUCUGCACCUGUGAAGGGCCUCCUCGCCUCCCUGUGGUGCUGCGGCUGCCGCCUCGGUGGUGCCAUAACGGUUUAGCAUGCUUUCUUGAGACGGCAGCCGCCGAGCGUGUUUGCCUUAUUUCGAGCUGGAGCAACAAUGUCCGGUCGGAUUGGGUGGCCGUAGGAACACCCUGUUGA